AUGCUCCUUGCUAUCGCUCAGGAGGAACAGCUGCAGCUCACAGUCGCCCUCCUAGAGGAGAAGCUGCUAGCAGCCGAGAAGAGCAUUGUAGCUGUAGGUGCUGCUCGUGGCGCUCCUCGCACCCCCAUCUUUGAGGGGUGUUCUCCCUCUCCCCUCGCUCCCUCCUACGCUACUGCUGCUGCUGUUGACUUCCUUGGUGCUGAGUCUGCUGGCGCUGCUUCUGCUCCUGGUGGGAGGCGCCGCACCGGCAAGGGCAAGGGGGGCAAGGGUGGCGGGGGUGGCGCUGGGGGGGGAGGAGGUGGGGGAGGUGGGGGGGGAGGCGGUGCUGGAGGGAGCGGUGGCGGGAGUGCUGGUGGGAGUGGGGUCGGCAGCGGAGGCGGGGGCGGCGGAGGGAGCGGUGGCGGUGGUGGCGGCGGCGGCGGUGGCGGUGGCGGCGGUGGCGGUGGCGGCGGUGGCGGUCGGAGCGGAGGUAGUGGUGGCGGCGGAGGUCGGAGUGGAGGCACUGGCUCGGGCCAGAGCUCCCAGCAGCAGCAGCGUCCCCAGUCGACCCAGCAGCUUCGUGAGUGGCUUGCUCAGCGUGGGACGUCGGGGGGCAGUGGCCGCUGUUCCUAUGUCAUUCGCACAGGUGACCGCAAGGGACAGACGUGUGGGAGGUUCCACACCCCGUACCGCUGCUUCUCCCGCCUUGACGACGCUUGGCGUGAGGAGAUCGGCGAGGAUGUUGAGCGCCCCCGCUGGGCGGAGCUGAUGAGGGCUGGUGUUGAUAUCUUUGCUCUUGACUAUGAUGCUAUUAUUGCUGCCAUGUAUAGAGCCCGCUGCCCUAGGUACUAG